UUUUUGUCUCUCUUAUUUGGUGUAAAUGGGCUUUUAUACAUCACAGUUGCGUUUUAAAAAUGAUCAAUUCUGUUCAGUGCCUUCAGUCUACCCUGGUUAUAAGCCGCCCUGUACCUUUAAGAAAUAUCCUCCCGCUGUUCCCGGGCGUUCUCGCGGUUCUUCAGCACUUGGCAACGUGCAAGCUGUGUCCUUAUACGGACCAAUGAGAUCGCCGCCAGUAAUCAAGUCCAGCCAAUCAGAAUCCAGAGUUUGUGCGCACGUUUGAAAAUCAGCUUCCGUGUUUCUCGUCUGUUUGUUUCUCAACACAAACAAGAAACGAUAACGUUUCUAAAACUAAAACAUACGCACAUUUAUACAAGACACCAGCAGUGAGUGAAUUACGUUUGGACCUGCUGCGGCUGUUGUGUUGUGAUGCCGUCCAAAACUGAAGACUAUGAGGUGAUGCUCACCAUAGGAUGUGGAUCUUAUGGGAAUUGUCAGAAAGUCAAGAGGAAAUCAGAUGGAAAGGUUCUAGUGUGGAAGGUGCUGGACUAUGGCACCAUGGCCGAGGCAGAGAAACAGAUGCUGGUGUCAGAGGUCAAUUUGCUCCGUGAGCUGAAGCACCCAAAUAUCGUCCGAUACUACGACAGAAUUAUAGACCGGACGAACACAACGUUAUAUAUAGUGAUGGAGUACUGUGAGGGUGGAGAUCUCGCCAGCCUCAUCAACAGAUGCAUCAAAGAGAGACGAUACCUGGAAGAAGAAUUCAUCCUGCGUGUGAUGGCACAGUUGUCCCUGGCGUUAAAAGAGUGCCAUAGUCGAAGUAACGGCAGCAGUACAGUUCUGCACCGUGACCUGAAACCUGCAAACAUCUUCCUGGACGUCAAACAGAAUGUUAAGCUUGGCGAUUUUGGUUUAGCUCGGAUACUGAACCACGACACAAGCUUUGCUAAAACAUUUGUUGGAACUCCAUAUUACAUGUCGCCAGAACAAAUUAAUCGCAUGUCCUAUAACGAAAAAUCAGACAUAUGGUCUUUAGGAUGUUUACUCUAUGAACUAUGUGCUUUAUCUCCCCCAUUUACAGCAUACAACCAAACAGAGCUGGCCGGAAAAAUCAGAGAAGGGAAGUUUAGAAGAAUCCCUUACCGAUACUCCGAGGAUCUGAACACGCUCCUUUCAAAAAUGCUGAACUUGAAGGACUAUCUGAGGCCCACGGUGGAGUCCAUUCUGCAGAACGGCUUGAUCUCAGGCUAUGUAGCCCAGGAGCAGAGGAGACUUCAGGAGAAGCAGCGGCGCAGGUCAGUGGACGUAGAGCAGCCCAAACACCCAGAGCCGUCGCUUCAGGCAGAGCUGCGGCUGAAGGAGCAGAUCCUACGCGAGCGAGAGCAGACCAUCGAAGAGCGAGAGCAGCGGCUAGAGCAAAGGGAACAGGAGCUGUGUGUUCGAGAACAACAAUCAAAUGAAAAGAUGGCCAGAGCAGAGAGCUUGUUGAAGGCCUAUAAUUUGAUCCGCCAGCAGAGGGCGUUGUCUCUACUCAGUGCCAGUGACACAGAGAAUGAAGAGAACGUCUCUCCGGGAAAGAAGAGGGUUCACUUUGCAGGAGACGGCAAGGAGAACGGCAGACCUGAGAGCAAGCUGAUCACUAAAUCUAAUGAACAUUGUCUUGUAAAGAGACACCAAUGGGCAAACAUGCGCAUCCAGGCUCUUGGUGAAGAGGAAAAGAUGUACCUACCAAAGCCCAAAGAAAUGCUGGGCAUCCGCUAGAAUUUACUACUGAAAGUGGUGCAUUUGUGUGGUCAAUCAAGUCAAGAGGAUAUUUUAUUUUUAUUUUUUAAUUGUGUACAUUAGGAAAUAAGAUUUCUGAUUUUAUUUAUUUACUGCAGCAUUUGUACAGUACAGUGGACAACACUUCAUUUAAUGGGCAUAACACUGGAUUUUUUUUAUUAAAUGAUAAUGUGUUGUAUUCUUACCAUUUUAUAGAUGUGGAACUGGUGUUUUUAUUUGGAAUGGCUGUUUCUUUAGAAUAAAGAAGUAAAAAUAU